AUGGGUGACAGUCUCUGCAGUAUGGGGGUUGGAAGGCAAAUUGCAAAGAAGAUAUUAUGUAGCCGGCGUGCGAUUUUGUCAUCGCGGUAUGCCGUGCUUGCCAAACCAAAUGAGGCCGACGACGAAGAAGACGAGGCGGGUGUUUCUGCACCUUUAUCUGCACUCGAUGAAUCAUCUACGAGCCUUUCAGGAGCGUUCGCGGCCGAACGCCACUCUGAAACGGUCACUGACUUUGCGGUCCAGCUUCGGCUGAUAAAGAAAAUGCCACCGAAGCUCCCGCUGAUGCCUCAAUUGGUGGCGCUUAAACCGAAGAAACGGACCGAGCUUCUGAAGAGUAUUAGCCAAGUAGAAGAUUACUGUGGUUCUCGUGUAUUGCCGAGGCUGCCAGAUGAAGUUAAUCUGGGGCCCGAACUGUACGAUAUUAUCCAACAGCAGUUGGAUAUUCUGCCUUUUAAGACGCCGGCGAACGGUAAUUGUAUGACCAGGGCAUUGGCCCAGGCUCUACUAAAAUAG